GUCAUCAAUUAUGCAGGGUAGCCGCACGCACUGGGAAGGAAGAUAGCAGCAACAAUAUGGCGACAGCCGCAGUUACUCCCGACUCUUUUCUACAUCUGCAGUUCCGUGACAGCGGCCCGGAUUCCCGUUAAUGCGAGAAAAAAGCUGGAUGUCUGGGAUGGAAAACAAAUAAGGAGGAAAUAGCUGCAGGAUGAAAACAUGGCCGCACCCCUUCUUGCACCCCCAGGACCUGACAGCUUUAAGAAAUUCACCCCAGAGUCGCUCGCUAAUAUCGAGAAGCGCAUCAAGGAGGAGAAGAACAAGAAACCACCCAAGCCCAGAUCGGACAGUAGUCACCGCGACACAUCUGACGACAAUGAACCCAAGCCCAACAGCGACCUGGAGGCUGGGAAGAGCCUGCCGUUCAUCUACGGCGAUAUUCCUAACGGCAUGGUGGCCACGCCGCUGGAGGAUCUGGAUCCUUUCUAUCUGAACAAGAAAACAUUUAUAGUCCUAAACAAAGGGAAAACAAUCUUCCGCUUCAGUGCCACACCCUCCUUGUACAUCUUAAGUCCUUUUAAUCUACUUAGGCGAAUAGCUAUUAAGAUUUUGAUACAUUCGUUAUUCAGCAUGAUCAUCAUGUGUACCAUUUUGACCAACUGUAUAUUCAUGACAUUUAGUGACCCUCCGGAGUGGUCCAAACAAGUAGAGUAUACCUUCACGGGUAUCUACACAUUUGAGUCGCUCACAAAAAUUGUUGCCCGAGGUUUUGCUAUCGACGACUUCACUUUCCUCAGAGACGCAUGGAACUGGCUGGACUUCAUGGUCAUCUCAAUGGCAUACAUAACAGAGUUUGUGGACCUUGGGAAUGUCUCGGCGCUGAGAACGUUCAGGGUUCUCCGAGCAUUGAAAACAAUUUCUGUCAUUCCAGGCCUGAAGACCAUCGUGGGUGCUCUGAUCCAGUCCGUGAAGAAGCUGUCGGACGUGAUGAUCCUGACCGUCUUCUGUCUCAGCGUCUUCGCUCUGAUUGGACUGCAGCUCUUCAUGGGCAACCUCCGGCAAAAGUGCGUGAUCUGGCCAAUCAACAUGAGCGAACACUACCUGGCAAAUGGCAGCAGGGGCUUCGACUGGGACGAGUACAUCAUGAAUGACUCCAACUUCUACUUCCUCCCUAAUCAGCUUGAUGCUCUGCUGUGUGGAAAUAGUGGUGACUCAGGGCAAUGUCCAGAAGGCUUCACGUGUAUGAAAGCUGGAAGGAACCCCAACUAUGGCUACACCAGUUUUGACAGCUUUGGGUGGGCUUUCCUCACACUGUUCCGCCUCAUGACCCAAGACUUCUGGGAGAAUCUCUACAUGCUGACUCUGCGAGCUGCAGGAAAGACCUACAUGAUCUUCUUCGUGCUGGUCAUCUUCGUGGGCUCCUUCUACCUGGUGAAUCUCAUCCUGGCUGUGGUGGCCAUGGCGUACGAGGAGCAGAACCAGGCCACCAUCGAGGAGGCGGAGCAGAAGGAGGCCGAGUUCAAGGCCAUGCUGGAGCAGCUCAAGAAGCAGCAGGAGGAGACGCAGGCUGCCGCCAUGGCGACGUCCGCCGGCACGGUGUCGGAGGCCGCGCUGGAGGACGAGCGGGACGGCCAUCUGUCCCGCAGCUCCUCUGAGGUCUCCAAGCUGAGCUCCAAGAGCGCCAAAGAGCGUCGCAAUCGCAAGAAGAAGUGGCGUCAGAAAGAGCAGGAGAAAGAAAAGGGAGACAGCGAGAAAGUGGUGAAAUCGGAGUCGGACGACGGCAGCAAGAAGAGCACCAUUCGUUUCCCUGGCAGUCGGUUGGGGAGGAAGACUUCUAUCAUGAAUCAGUCGCUGCUCAGUAUCCCGGGCUCACCCUUCAUGUCCCGCCACAACAGCCGCAGCAGCAUCUUCAGCUUCAAAGGCCGCUCCAAGGACAUCGGCUCCGAGAACGAAUUUGCGGACGACGAGCACAGUACAGUGGAGGAGAGCGAAGACCGCCGAGGCUCCCUGUUUAUCCCUUACCGUCGCAACAGCUACAGCGGCUACAGCCAAGGCUCGUCCCGCAUUCACCCGCUGGCGCCCCACUCUGGAGGGAAGAGGAACAGCACAGUGGACUGCAAUGGCGUGGUGUCUCUCAUCGGCCCUGGGCCCGGCAGACGGCUUCUGCCUGAGACGACGGACGUGGAGAUGAAGAAGAAGCACGACUCUCUCAUGGUGUCAGUGGAUCAGCUCAACUCCUCCUUCAAAGGAAAAGAGCGGGCCAACAGUCAAAUGAGCGUCGUCACCAACACACUGAUAGAGGAGUUGGAGGAGUCUCAGAGGAAAUGCCCCCCAUGCUGGUACAAGUUUUCCAACGUCGUCCUCAUCUGGGAAUGCUGCCCCCUUUGGCUCAAGUUCAAGCACAUCGUCUACCUGAUCGUCAUGGACCCCUUUGUUGACCUUGCAAUCACCAUCUGCAUUGUUUUAAACACCCUUUUCAUGGCCAUGGAGCACUACCCUAUGACUGACGAAUUUGAGGCUGUCCUGUCAGUGGGCAACUUGGUUUUCACAGGUAUAUUUGCUGGGGAGAUGUUUGCUAAGCUGAUUGCCAUGGAUCCCUACUACUACUUCCAGGAAGGCUGGAACUGCUUUGAUGGCUUCAUUGUGACUCUGAGUUUAGUUGAGUUGGGCCUGUCUAAUGUGGAGGGUCUGUCCGUGCUCAGGUCUUUCCGAUUGUUAAGAGUGUUCAAACUGGCCAAGUCAUGGCCCACCCUCAACAUGCUGAUCAAGAUCAUUGGUAACUCAGUGGGAGCCCUGGGUAAUCUGACCCUGGUGCUGGCCAUUAUCGUCUUCAUCUUCGCCGUGGUGGGCAUGCAGCUGUUUGGCAAAAGCUACAAGGACUGUGUGUGCAAGAUCGCUCUAGACUGCGAGCUGCCACGCUGGCACAUGAACGACUUCUUCCACUCCUUCCUCAUUGUGUUCAGAGUGUUGUGUGGAGAGUGGAUAGAGACCAUGUGGGACUGCAUGGAGGUAGCGGGACAAAGCAUGUGCCUGAUCGUCUUCAUGAUGGUCAUGGUCAUCGGAAAUCUGGUGGUGCUGAACCUGUUUCUGGCUUUGCUGCUGAGCUCGUUCAGUGCAGACAAUCUUGCCGCAACAGAUGACGAUGGUGAGCCCAACAACCUCCAGAUUGCAGUGGUCCGCAUAAAGAAAGGAAUUGCCUGGUUCAAGACCAACAUGCACACUCUUGUAGCCACAGUGCUCAAGAAGCCUCCAAUGGAAGAUGAACAGAAACCAUUGGAUGAAAUGUAUGAAAAGAAGCUCAACUGCAUUGCAAACCACACAGUUGACAUCAACCGCGAACUGGACUACCCCAAAAAUGGCAAUGGCACCACCAGCGGCAUUGGAAGCAGUGUGGGAAAGUACAUGAUCGAUGAAGACUACAUGUCUUUUAUCCACAACCCCAACCUCACGGUUUGCGUGCCCAUCGCUGUUGGCGAGUCGGACUUCGAAAACCUCAACACUGAAGACUUCAGCAGCGAGUCAGAUGUGGAGAACAGCAAAGACCUGGAUGACACCAGUUCAUCUGAGGGAAGUACAAUAGACAUCAAGCCUGAUGUGGAGGAGGUGGCAGUGGUGGAGGUUGUGGAGGAGUACAUUGACCCAGAAGCCUGUUGGACAGACGAAUGUGUGGCCAAAUACAAAUGCUGUGACGUGCCCAUCACUCACGGCUGGGGGAAACACUGGUGGUUCCUGAGGAAGACCUGCUACCUGAUAGUAGAACACAACUGGUUUGAAACGCUCAUCAUUUUCAUGAUUCUCCUCAGCAGUGGAGCUUUGGCCUUUGAAGAUGUGUACAUAGAGCAAAGGAAGGUGACCAAAAUCAUUCUGGAGUAUGCCGACCGGGUCUUCACCUACAUCUUCAUCCUGGAGAUGUUGCUGAAAUGGGUGGCCUACGGCUUCGUCAAGUACUUCACCAACGCCUGGUGUUGGUUGGACUUCUUCAUUGUGGAUGUGUCUAUAGUCAGCCUUAUAGCUAAUGCGUUGGGCUUCUCCGAUCUAGGCCCGAUUAAAUCACUCAGGACACUGAGGGCCUUGAGACCCCUCAGGGCCCUGUCACGUUUUGAAGGGAUGAGGGUUGUUGUGAACGCCCUGGUGGGUGCAAUCCCCUCCAUCAUGAACGUGCUGCUGGUGUGUCUCAUCUUCUGGCUCAUCUUCAGCAUCAUGGGCGUCAAUCUGUUUGCCGGAAAGUAUGGUUACUGUUUCAAUCAAACGUCCGAGGAGUACUUUCUCCCGGAUGAAGUGAACAACAAAAGCGAGUGCUAUGAGCUCAUUAAUGCAAACGUAAGUGGAGUCAGAUGGAAGAAUGUCAAGAUCAAUUUUGACAACGUGGGUGCAGGAUACUUGGCUCUGCUGCAAGUGGCUACAUUCAAAGGCUGGAUGGACAUUAUGUAUGCGGCAAUAGAUUCCAGAAAGGUGGAAGACCAACCCCUGUAUGAAGACAACUUGUACAUGUACAUCUACUUUGUCAUCUUUAUCAUCUUCGGCUCCUUCUUCACCUUGAACCUGUUCAUUGGUGUCAUCAUCGACAACUUCAAUCAGCAAAAGAAAAAGUUUGGAGGUCAGGAUAUCUUCAUGACAGAGGAGCAGAAGAAAUACUACAACGCUAUGAAGAAACUGGGCUCCAAGAAGCCACAGAAACCAAUACCCAGGCCUCAGAACAAGAUCCAGGGAAUGGUGUUUGACUUUGUGACGCAGCAAGUGUUCGACAUCUCCAUCAUGAUGCUGAUCUGCCUCAACAUGGUCACCAUGAUGGUGGAGACAGACGACCAGUCAGAGGACACGGAGAAUGUGCUUUACUGGGUCAACUUCAUCUUCAUCGUGGUCUUCACCGGCGAGUUUCUGCUGAAGCUCUUUGCGCUGCGUCAUUAUUACUUCACCAACGGCUGGAACAUCUUCGACGUGGUGGUAGUCAUCCUCUCCAUUGUGGGGAUGUUCCUGGCCGACCUGAUCGAGAAAUACUUUGUGUCACCGACCCUCUUCAGAGUCAUUCGUCUGGCGCGUAUUGGUCGAAUCCUGCGACUCAUCAAGGGCGCCAAAGGCAUCAGAACUCUGCUGUUUGCCCUCAUGAUGUCGCUGCCCGCCUUGUUCAACAUUGGCCUGCUGCUCUUCCUGGUCAUGUUCAUUUUCUCCAUCUUCGGCAUGUCCAACUUCGGCUACGUGAAGCAUGGGGCUGGAAUCGACGACAUGUAUAACUUCGAGACCUUUGGAAACAGCAUGAUCAUCCUGUUUAUGAUCACCACGUCGGCCGGCUGGGACGGACUGCUGCUGCCAAUUCUCAACUACGACCCGGACUGCGAUCCCCUUCUGGAGAACCCCGGCACCCCUGCCACGGGAGACUGCGGAAACCCGUCCGUGGGCAUCUUCUUCUUCGUGAUGUAUAUCAUCAUUUCUUUCCUAAUUGUGGUCAACAUGUACAUUGCCAUCAUCCUGGAAAACUUCAGUGUGGCCACAGAGGAGAGCGCCGACCCGCUCAGUGAGGAUGACUUUGAGACCUUUUAUGAAAUUUGGGAGAAGUUUGAUCCGGACGCCUCCCAGUUCAUCACCUAUGCCAAGCUUUCUGACUUUGCUGACGCCCUGGAACACCCGCUCCGCGUCCCCAAGCCUAACACCAUCGAGCUGAUUGCAAUGGACAUGCCGAUGGUGAGUGGAGACCGCAUCCACUGCCUGGACAUCCUGUUUGCCUUCACCAAGCGCGUGUUGGGCGACAGCGGUGAGCUGGACAUGCUGCGGCAACAGAUGGAGGAGCGUUUCGUGGCGGCCAAUCCUUCCAAGGUCUCGUACGAGCCCAUCACGACCACCCUGAGGCGCAAGCAGGAGGACGUGUCCGCCAGAAUCAUCCAGAGGGCCUACCGCUUCUACCUGGCGAGGCGGGGCUUCGUCUGUAAGCGCAAGCCGGCAAAUAACAAAGUGGAGAAUGAUGACAACAAUCAGGAGCAAGAAAAGAAGGAGGGCACUCCCUCAACUGCCUCCCUGCCUUCUUAUGACAGUGUAACCAAGCCUGACAAGGAGAAGCAGGAUGACAACAACGAGGGCAAGGGAGGAAGGAAAGAGAAAGGGCGAAACCAAAAAGACAUCAGGGAAUCUAAAUGUUAGAGCGUUGGAUUAAUAAUCACAGUAAUAAUAAAGAUUAUAAUAAUGCAACUUCAAGCAAAGCGAGAGGAAACUCACCCACACAGAUGUACAGAUUAUUUCAUUUGCAAGUCAGAAAAAAAUAGUAUUCAGUAAUUUUGUUUACAGACUUCAUUCUUAUAUUGAUGCAGAGGGAAGCAGCUUGGUCUGUUGCGGCUUGAAGACUCUUGAACUAUAGUCAAACCAAACAUAAUCAACAUACUGUGUGACAUCGUAUCUAGACUACUGAGCUUAACAAGAGGACUCGAAGGCAGACGGGAAAAUGUCUGUUGCUCACUUACCACUGGUCUAUAGAUGAGACGAGUAUCUACACCAAGAGGUGGAACGAAAAAAAUGAAUCGAGAACAGGAAAUCUGACGCCUGGAUGCAAGUAACGGAUUCCUAUGGAAGGCAGUACUAUGAGAGGAAAACAAGGAAGCUGCUUGAUGCUGAAGAAUUGUUCUUUUGAUGCAGCCACCGAGUGUUUCUUUGUCGUUUAGUACUAAACUGUAAAAAGGAGCAAAUGACACACUCACUCUAUGAGCGAACAGAAGGAUGACUGAGUGAAAGACACAAAUACUAGUGUUUGAAGUACUUUUUUUGUUUCACUAAAGCUAGAAAUUGUUUGAGCAGCAAAAAUGCAAACA